AUGAAAAUUUUAUUUAGGACUGUAUUUAUACUAGUCGUAGCAUCGCUUAAAUUAGUUUUAAGUUUCUCUGAUGUUGGAAAAUGGGACCUUCAGCUUGAUGGGGAGACCUGCAAUUUCACACUAGCCAAAUCCUUAUUUAAGGACUCAAAAUUAAUUAUAGUGUUACACUGUGAAGUUCCAGCAAACCUCACUGUAGCAAAUACCUGGAGACAGACAACAUGCUCACCAGAUUAUUUCCACUUUUUCGAAAAGAGAAUUGUAGAUUGUUCGAAUACAUAUGACAAGGGGUUGUACCAAAGCAGUCACAGUACUGCCCAGAUUUUUAAUCUAGUACAAACAAUAUCAUGUGACUCAAAAAAUCCAAUAUUUUUCCACAAUGAAAAGGAUAAAGGUGCCGGAGAUGAGAAUACUAAAUCGCUUACCCCAUCUCUCCUGACAAUAGACAGAGAAGGAAUAUAUGCAUUAACAAUGUCUGUGAGGAGUAGUAACAAUUACAAAGCGAAUGUUCACAUUGAAAUGGUGGCGCCAUCUGGAUACUUGUCUGCAGCCAUUUGGCCACUAUUACCUUUCUUUGGUGUUAUGUGCGGAGUGUAUGCAGUAUUAUGUGCCGGUUGGCUGAUCGUCUGUGGUCUGCAGUGGCGUGAUUUACUCCGCAUUCAAUAUUGGAUUGGUGGAGUAGCCCUACUCGGCAUGGUGGAGAGCGCGACUUAUUAUGGUGUCUAUUCGUCAAUUAAUAGCACGGGCCUAUUUAGCCCGAACGUGUACAUGUUCGCGGAAUGGGUGUCGGUUGCUAAGAGGGCGCUUGCGAGAAUGCUCGUGAUUAUCGUCUCGUUGGGUUUCGGCAUCGUCAAGCCUCGUUUGGGUCCGGCAUUGCAGCGAGUGGUGGGCACCGGGGCACUAUGGGCCCUCCUAGCUGGGAUAGAGGCUUGGUUGAGAUUGCACCACAAAGCAGACGAUUCCAACCGUGAUCUCUUGUUGUCUGAGGCGCCACUUUCACUUCUCGAUAGCGCCAUCUGUUGGUGGGUGUUCGUAUCACUUGCGCACACGAUGCGGACACUGCAGCUGAGAAGGAACACAAUAAAACUGUCUCUCUACCGUCACUUCACAAAUACGCUGAUCUUCGCUGUGAUUGCUUCGGUCAUUUUCAUGCUCUACUCGCUCAAGUCGUAUAGAAUACAGUUCUGCAUCACCGAAUGGAAAGAGGUAUGGAUGGACGAAGCCUACUGGCAUAUUUUGUUUGCCGGUGUGUUGACUGUGAUUAUGGUGCUGUGGCGACCGACCAACAACAACCAGCGUUACGCGUUCACGCCGCUUUUGGAUAACGCUGAGGAUGAUGAUGAGGAAGAAGAACAAUUCGUGAACGACGCAUAUGGCGUGAAAAUGAGGGGUACAAGUAUAAGCGACCCGGUGGAUAACAGGGAACCUCCUGAGCCCAAUACCACUUCCCUGGACUCAGACCUGCGAUGGGUCGAAGAGAAUAUACCCACUAGCACCCUUCCUCUACUGGAUUCGGACGAAGAAAUCAUUAACACGAAAUUCGAAGUGUCCAAGAUGCAAUAA